AUUCUUUUUACGAUCUUGAAUUUUAGUUCUUUUUAGGAUGUUGAAUUUCAGUUUUCAAAUUUCAUGAAAUUUUGAAGGUAGCAAGAGGAGUAGUGAGCAAAACAAAUUUAAAAAUGUCGUCUCCGUGUGCUGCUUGUAAGACUUUGCGCCGUAAAUGUAUCAACGAAUGCGUGUUUGCACCAUACUUCCCACCAGACCAGCCUCAUAGAUUCGAGAGCGUACACAGAGUCUACGGAGCUAGCAAUGUUGCAAAAAUACUCAGCGAUCUUCCUGAAGCCGAUAGAGUAGAAGCUGUUACUUCCCUUGUAUAUGAGGCAGAGGCACGGCUAAAGGACCCAAUAUACGGUUGUGUGGGCUCAGUCUCUAUUCUCCAGCACAAGUUAAAGCAAAUCAACACUGAGAUACAAGCCGCCAAACAAGAAUUGGCUACCUACAUUGGACCAUCGGCCAUGAACACUGGGUUUAUGCCGCAGUUUCCCAACCAGCAUCCUUUGGUAGUUCCUGUUAUAACUUGUAACUCGGAGCGGAUGUUGGGGACUUCUUCUGAUGCUCAACAUUUGGUUGGAUCUGGUAGAGAGCAAGACAUGUUAAGGAAUUUUGAGCACCAUCCACACCAACGAAUACGACAUCAGCAGCCGACGAUGGCGCUUAAUAGAUGUUUUGAUGGUACUGGCGGUCUGCAUAAUCGACAACAAUUAUACGAGGCUCAGCAACAACAAUUGGUUGAGGAGCAAGAUAUGUUAAGGAAAAUGGAGCACCAACAUCAACAGGCGUCCAUGGAACAAUUGAUGCGUAAGAGACGUUUUGAUGGUGCUGGACCUUCGCAUCAGGCAACACAUAGUGGCUCGUAUGAUUGUAAUGUGUAUCGGUCAUCACAGCUGCAGUCGCAUCCACAACAACAGGAUCUUCAUCUACAACAUCAACUCUUGCUCCAGCAACAAUCGCAGCCGCAGCCAGAUCAUGGAGAUGGUAGCGAGGAGCGUAGCAGCGUUGAUCCGUGAUGAAAAUCAGGUUAUGAUCAUUCUUUUUUCAGUUAGUUUUUCAUAGAGUCGAGCAACAGUC